AUGAGUGAGAGAAACCAUGAGAAAGAGAGUCAGGUAACCUUACACUGCCCCAUGUUGACGAGAAGCAACUAUGCGGCUUGGGAAAUAAAGAUGAAGGUGUUUAUGCAAGCAAAAGGGGUCUGGGAUGCUGUUGAGCCCAAAACAGCAAACACCAUUGUUGAAGUGAAGAAAGAUAAGAUGGCUCUGGCAGCCAUUUACCAAGGUAUACCCAAAGAACUGUUGUUGUCGAUUGCUAAGAAACAAACUGCAAAGGAUGCGUGGGAAACGCUCAAAGUCAUGUGUAUGAGGGCAGACCUCAUUAAGAAUGCAAAAGUCCAGACUCUCAAGGUUGAAUUUAAAGCUCUCAACAUGAAAGAAACGGAGCAUGUAGAUGACUUCACCAUGAAGGUGAAUAACAUUGUAAGCAACAUACGUGCAUUGGGUGAUUCAGUAGAGGAACCCUAUGUUGUAAAGAAAAUAUUACUAGUUGUUCUUGGAAAGUUCGUGCAGAUAGCUUCGACCAUAGAGCAAUUUGAAGACAUAAACAAGAUGACAGUAGAAGAAGUGAUUGAAGAUAGGAAGCUAUUACUUACACACCAAGAAUGGGCUGAGAGAAGUAAGAAGCAACGUGAAGAAGAACAGAAGUCAUCAAAAAACUGUACCGGGGAAACCCAAACAGCUCACGAGGCUGAGGAAGAGGUAGGGGUAAAGGUGGAAGCCAAAGCAAUCGCGGACGAGGUAGAGGAGGAGGUUAUCAUCAAAGAGAAGGAAACUAAGGAGGCUGUGGAAACUCAAACAACUGAGACAAACCGAGAACGUAAACAGGAGGCAAAUUUGACUCGAGAACACCAAGAUAAUGAACCUGCACUACUACUUGCUAGUCACAACCCGUAUGAAGUCAUUGAAGAGGUGUUUCUCAAUGAGAAGAACCUAGUCCCAACACUGAAAAAGACAAGCGAGCCACCUACCCUUUCAAAUAUGUGGUACCUCGACAAUGGAGCGAGUAACCAUAUGACUGGACAAAAGGAUAAGUUUCAUACACUGAAUAAAUCAGUCCACGGCUUUGUUAAAUUUGGAGAUGGGUCAAAAGUUCGUAUAGAGGGUCGAGGAUCUAUUGUUUUUCAGUGCAAAAAUGGAGAUGAAUGGUGCUAA